AUGCAGUCUUCGGAUGUCAUAACCGAAGUGGCUGAGCGGCUCCAUGCGGCGCUUGAGGCGGCAGCGCGACAGCUUCACGCCGGAAGGCGUGUCCGGUGUUCCUUGGCGCUCCUUCCACCCGUCGCACUGGCGGAACUGCCGUUUCGCUGGGGCACGGUCGAGUUGAUCCAUCAGCAAGAGGGCCUUUUCGAGUUGGUUGUGGGUGUUGAUAGUGCGAUGCUGGCGGAGUCGCUUAUAGGGCUCCUGAGGCGGCUACAACAGCCUCCCGGGCCACGGACGAAUGGGAGCGGCGGACCGCUCCCGAUUAUCGGCCCCCUGGUUAAGCGACUGUCGCCGGAGGGAGUGUUGCCGGCGUUGCUGCUGCUGCUUCCCGCGCACACGGAUCUCUGGAAUGAGCGGCGGCGAGGGCUGCAGGAGGCCGCCCUCGCCAAUGCUGCGACGGGGCAGAGGGAUGCUCGCUCCCUGCUGCUGCAGGAGUACCUACUAACCUCGCUUCUGCUCAGCUUCCACUACAAGAAGCAGGAGGUUUGGGUGCACCGCUGGUGGGUGGUGCAGCGGCUCCUAACAUUGGGCGGCGCCAACCUGGAGCUCUUUUGCUCGCAUGAUCGCUCGGUGUUGUUCGAGGCCGCGGAUCGGCACCCCAUGAAUUACAACGCCUGGAACUACCGACGGCAACUGUUUGCGUGUCUCCUUCAACGAGACAGGGCCGCGGAAGCUGCCGCCAGGGCCUUGCUGCUGGAGGAGCUGGAUGCCGUGGUGGAGUUCUUCGAAAGACACAACGGCGAUUCCUCCGCCACGGCGUACCUGGCAUUUCUCCUUGAGCAGGCGACAGCGUGGUGGAGCGGCACUGGCGAGGGCCACAGUUUCCUGGCGUCACGCGUUUGGGGGAGGCUGCUCUCAGUGACCGCGCAGGAGCUGCGGCGACACUACGACAAGGGACACGAGGCUGUCUGGGUGCUGCGCCUCGCGCUGAUGCGGUGGGCUCUACGCGAACGCCCUGCGUGUGGCUGGACGCUCCACGACGAACUGGUGUUCGUCGCCGCCUACGCGUCGGUGAAGACAGCGUUGGCGGAGGAGGAAGAUGGGGCAAGCAUGCCGCCGGAGCUCACGUGGGUGGAUGUCUCGGGUUCCUGCUGGUGGACGUCGUACCACGCGGUGCGGUACGGCGUUCAGUUGUUGAGGAUGCUGCAGACGUAA